AUGGCUCUCCUGAAACUCUCCAAGACCCGCGAAGAAGACUUGCUUCGUGACAGCACCUCUGAGCAGCCAGAGUUCUUCAUCCAGUCAGCAACUGCCGAGAAAAAGCCAACUGAGGCACCAAAGAUGCCCAACAACGUCGUUGCUCACGAGCUUCUCGCAGACGGAUCCAGAAUGAAUCCAAAGAUUGAAAACUACUUGAAUGCUCAACGUCUUCUCUCUGGAAACGCUCAAGCAGAGCAACGCUUGCUUGAGUUGAACUCGGCUGCCCAAAUCAACCGCGGGCCCGAUGGAGUGUUCCAGUCGUCCCGUCUCCAUUUCGACAUGCUGCUCAACCGUGAUGAAUCCAUUUUCCCAUCUGAUUACCUUAACUUCGACUCCAAGAUGAAACGUUGA